AUGAGCCGUGCGACGGACGGCCAGGCUGGCCUUGAGAACCCUGAAGUACCGCCUCUGACCAUUCCUUUGGGUCACCAAACAAGCUUGAGCAGUCUCCUUACACUUCCUCAAAUGCGCAGUCUGGUGGGUGACUUCCCUGAGGAGUUUGUUUUUCUAGUCGAAGAGGAUCGACCGAGAGCCUUGUCGUUGCAAGACAUCCUUGCGGCCCCAGGUGAGGCGAACCAGGACUGGCGCAAUAUAGAAAGAUCCGUCGCAGAUGAUUGCCUGGAGCGGUAUCACUCUGCCGUUCAUCUAUAUCGGCCUCUCUUCGAGUGGGAGGGGUUGAAGUCACAAUACGACAAAACAAUGAGGGAGGGUCUCUCAGAUAGUUCAUGGUCUGCAUUGUUUUUGGCUAUUUUCGCUCUGGGGAUCACAGCAUCGGACCCCAUUGACCCGACCAGACUCCGAUGGUCCGGUGAUGAACUGAUCAAACAAUCUCUGCGACUACUUUUCCCCUCCUGGGCUGCGACUUUCAGUGGAGAUCUUGUUCUCUCCCAGGCCCUCGUGCUUUGUUCGCUUUAUUUCUGCUACGUUGCCGAGCCAUUGAUGGCGUGGAGACUGGUACACAUGGCUUCAACAAGCGUUCAGCAAAUGCGCAAAGAGCACUUGUCCCAACAGACCCAUGAUGGUGUCACCAGGGUCGGUUGGACGUGUUUCUUGAUUGAAUGUGAUAUCCUGGCCGAGUUCCAUCAGCCCAGAAGUGGCAUCGAACUGCUGGUGGACAAGAUGCCCUUUCCGACCUACGACGACGCCACAGCAUCAGAGAGCUUGUACUCGUUGGCCGACAUAUCAGCCAGGUCUUUGUCCAACCGCAUCCACCAUACCAUGUAUUUCACCGAUGGCAUAUCCCUGUACAUGGGUCGGUCACAAAGCUCAUCUGGCACGUUGCCCGGCCAUCCCGAUGUGUCUCUACUGAGAGUGUGCGAAGAACUCGCUCGGCAGCUUCUGACGUGGUACGAGUCGCUACCCAACGCCAUUAGACCGGAUCUUUCCGGCACCUACAAAGGAAGUGGACAGGCCUGUGUUUUACGUCUCCGGUAUUGGUCUGCUAGACACAACAUCUAUAGGCCAUUUGUCAUUUACGUGACCUCAAGAACCGCAGACCAAGAGGCCAGUGUGCCGACAUCGGUUUUAGAGCGUUGCAAGCUGUGCCUUGCUGCAACUCGAAUGUUUAUUCUCUCUGCUGGGUACGUCCUCUCAGCAAGGACGCCAUACACGUUCAGUACAACACAGUGCGUGGUGAGUUAUGCCCUCAUCCUGGCACUUGCUGCUCAGUCACCCAUACUUGCGGAUUCGGUCGACGACAACCUGGAACUGCUGGAGACUGCUGUUGGCCUUCUGAAGCCAUGGGCUGUCUCUGGAUCGGGCAUCGAGUGCGGUCUGGAAAUCAUAAGCUCCGUAUACAGAAAGCAACGCUUGCGGAGUAAUCGUGGUGGACAGACCACCUAA